AUGACACAAGGAAAUGGCACCAAAGUGACCGAAUUCUUUCUCCUGGGAUUUGCUGCCCAACAUGAGUUUCGGUACAUCCUCUUCAUUGUAUUUCUUCUGAUCUAUGUCACCUCCAUGAUGGGUAAUAUUGGAAUGAUCCUACUCAUCAAGACAGAUUCCAGACUUCAAACACCCAUGUACUUUUUCCUACAUCACUUGGCUUUUGUUGAUAUCUGUUACACCUCAGCUAUCACUCCCAAGAUGCUCCAAAACUUCACAGAAGAAAAUAAUUCAAUAUCACUCGGGGGCUGUGUACUGCAAUUACUAGUUUAUGCUACGUUUGCAACCAGUGAAUGUUACCUCCUGGCUGCUAUGGCAGUGGACCGUUUUGUAGCCAUCUGUAAGCCCCUUCGCUACCCCAUAAUCAUGUCCCGAACAGUCUGCAUCCAGUUGGUAGCUGGAUCGUAUGUCAUGGGCUCAUUAAAUGCCUCCGUACACACAGGCUUUACAUUUUCUCUGUCCUUCUGCAGGUCCAACCACAUCAAUCACUUUUUCUGUGAUGUUCCCCCAAUUCUCGCCCUUUCAUGCUCCAACAUUCACGUCAACAUCAUGCUGCUUGUUGUCUUUGUGGGAUUUAACCUGCUGUUCACUGUAUGGGUGGUCAUAUUCUCCUACAUCCACAUCAUGGCUGCCAUCCUGAAGAUGACCUCCACUGCAGGGAGGAAAAAGGCCUUCUCCACCUGCGCCUCCCACCUGACGACCGUCACCAUCUUCUACGGAACCCUCUCUUACAUGUACUUACAGCCUCAUUCUGAUAACUCCCAGGAGAAUAUGAAAGUGUCUUCUAUAUUUUAUGGAAUUGUGAUUCCCAUGUUGAACCCUCUGAUCUAUAGCUUGAGAAAUAAGGAGGUAAAAGAAGCUUUAAAAGUGAUAGGGAAAAAGUUCUUCAGGAUUGGACCCAAUUACUAA